AUGGACUCGCCCUUCCAGCAGCCGCAGGGCGGCGUCGGCCGCGGCGGCGGCGAUGGCCAACCCGCAUCUGCCCCCGGUGGCAAGCUGCCCGCCGGCCUCGCAGGCACCCGCGCACAGAUGCAGCUCACCCCAAGGGAGGCAGAGGCCCUGCGCACCAUCAAGCGCAACGUCGACCGCUCAAAGACGGCAGGCUGGAUCAUCGGCGGCGCCGGCUCCUGGUUCCUUCUCUCCCGCCGCAAGCCCAGACCCUCGAACCUCCAGCUGGCCGGACUCAGCUUCAUCGGCGGCCUCGGCACCUCGUUCCUCCUCAUGCCCCUCGGCGUCGUCAUGAGCAAGGGCAUCGUCGACACCGUAGAGGACCCGCAGCACCUCAAAAAGGUCCUCGCAGACGUCGUAGAGGAAAAGAGGCGCGGCGGCGCUCCAAACGUCCGAAUCGGCCCGCCCCAGGGCAUGGACGGAGAGCAGCAGUGGGGCCAGGCUGCUCAGGGAGGCGCACCCGCUCAGCCACGGGGUGACGGCCAACCCAGAUUCACGCCCUCCCCGCCGGCUGCCGCAAGCGAGCAGACCCCGAGGGAGGCAACGUUCGACUUCUUUGACUCUGGCUCAGGCGGUCCCGACGAGGGCGGCGCGUCAGCCAGCAGGUGGGCCCAGCUCCGUGGCGAGAGGGGCGUCGAGCCAAGCAAGUGGGACAAGAUCCGCCAGGAAAACGCCCGCAACGCCUACAACCGGCGAAACGCCGCCGCCACCGGCAGUGCCUCGUCCCCCUCGCCCUCGCCGUCGGCCGUCGACCAGGCUGGUGGCUCGUCGGACGACCGCUUCCCGCAAGCCUCUGGCAGCUUCUCGACCUUUCCGGGCGCCAACACCGACAGCGACCCGCGGUGGUCUUCGACAUCCCCGCAGGCGCCUUCCAAGAGGCAGCCCGGUGGUGAUCAGCUCGACGGCUGGGGCUCGGCCGAGUUUGUCCAGGACACUUCGAGCAGUGGCGGGGCUUCCUACGGAGGAGGAGCCGCCAAUCGGCGCAGCUACGGCAUCAACUCGGUCGACGAGGAAUCCAUCAGCGCUCUCAGGGGAUUCGAGGUCGACUCGGACGCUCCCAUGAAGGUGGCCAAGGGCUCGCUCCUUGCCGCCCUGGUGGGGGCCGUCUCGGGAUCCGUCUAUGGAGCUGUUCGCGGCCAGACUGGAGCGCCCACGGUGCUGGGCAGCAGGAUGGCCUUCAACAUGUUUGCGUUUGGGUUCCCCUUCUUUGCGAUCCGGGAGUACGCCAUCAACCCGACGCUUUCGGUCAUGGCCCACGAGAAAAAGUACGAGCACCCGACCGCGCAGCACGCCUAUGUGCGGCCGCGGCACAAUCCGCACACGCGCGACCUGGCGUCGAGCGGCAUCUCGGGAGCCAUCGUUGGUGGCACCUUGGCCGGCUACGCACGCGGACGCCAAUCCAUCCCGUCUGGCAUCAUCAUGUUUGGGCUGGCGUGCACGAGCCUGCAGUUUGCUGGCAACGAGCUGAGGUACGCCAAGGGGCAGCUGCUGAUGCGACAGGCCACCCCGCCGCCCACGCAAGUCGCCCUGACUGGGCCUCCCCAAACACCGACGGGCGGUGCCACGACGGUAUCCGAACAACCUGGCCCGGGGCGGACGACGACGACGGCGAUGGAAUUCGCUCGAGAUGGUGCCUCUGAACAAGGCCAGGCGCACACUGCAGCAGGAACAGCGACGGCGGCGUCGGCGGAGGACGCGAUCCCUGCAACGACGACGACGGCGCCCAAGAAGACGACAGGACGAGGAGGGAGCUGGCUGGAAUCGCUCAAGAGUCUCUCGCCGGUGCGGAGCGUGUCGGACCAAGAGUACGAGGCCAAGCUCAAGGAGAGGCUACAGGGCGUCGAUGCCCGGUUGGUCGGGGUCCGGGAGGAGCUGGCGGAGAUUGAGAGCGAGGAAAAGGCGGCUGCUGAGGCUGUAGCGUGA